AAACUCCUGUUUCUACACGUCAAUCUAGUCUUCCACCUCAUCAAAGUAUAUAUACACACAGAUAAUUAAUUGUAUAACUAUAUCAUUUCAGCCUUAAAUAUUGAUGGGUUAAUUGAUUCAAAUAUUUUGGGCUUCUGGGUAUUGGAUUUCUCAUCUGGGGUUUGCUUAUUUUGGGGCAAUAAAAGGUGGAAAUUACAACACCAUAUUGUAUGGGUCCUGGAGGUAAUAUAUAUCAAGAUGUUACUGAAUCACAUGGUGACUGUGGUUUUAAAUCUACAAAUAUUGAAGGGCGAAGUUGCCUGAGAUUAUGUGUAUCAGCUGGUGGAAGGCAUGGAGUGGCUCCAAAAAGUGCAGUCCAUGAGCUACUCGAGUGUCCUGUGUGUUUAAACAUAAUGCACCCUCCAAUUCAUCAAUGUCCAAAUGGUCACACUAUCUGUGUUGUUUGUAAAUCUCAAAUGCAAAAUAGCUGCCCAAUAUGCCGGCAAGAGCUUGGAAACAUACGUUGUCUGGCCUUGGAGAAAGUUGCAGAGUCGAUAGAAUUGCCAUGCAAAUACAAUUACUUGGGCUGCCAAGACAUUUUUCCUUAUCAUAGUAGGAUAAGACAUGAAGAAAUUUGCAAAUAUCGUGGAUAUAAUUGCCCAUAUGCAGGCACAGAAUGCUGUGUCACAGGUGACAUCCCAUUUCUUGUCGCACAUCUGAAGGCCGAUCACAGUGUUGAUAUGCACGAUGGCUCCACCUUCAACCACCGUUACGUAAAGCCCAAUCCUCAUGAAAUUGAAAAUGCUACAUGGAUGUUGACGAUUUUCAAUUGCUUCGGAUAUCAAUUCUGUUUGCACUUUGAGGCAUUUCAUUUGGGCAUGGCACCAGUGUACAUGGCAUUUUUGCGUUUUAUGGGCGACGAAAAUGACGCCAGCAAGUUCAGCUACAGUCUUGAGGUUGGUGCAAAUGGCAGAAAACUAAAAUGGCAAGGGGUUCCAAGGAGUAUUCGUGACAGUCACAAAACAGUUAGAGAUAGUCUAGAUGGGUUGAUCAUAACAAGGAAUAUAGCAUUGUUCUUCUCCGGGGGUGAUAGGAAGGAGCUGAAGCUGAAAGUGGCCGGCCAGAUAUGGAAAGAACAAUCUUAAGUCAAAACACACCACCUCCACUCCUCUAGUCCUCUCCCUUACACAAUCAUGUUUUUAGUUCUUUUUUCUUCUUUGUUGUGAAAUAGGAAAGAAAGAAAGGGUGGUAUAAGAGAAUAUGUAUCUCUUUGUAAAGGUUUAGAUAUAACAUUUUUGCUUUGUGGAUGAUCUUUAAAGCAAGAGGUAACUUUGUUUUAAAAUAUACAUAUAUAAGCUUCUUUUCUUUUCUUUUUUCA